GGUGCAUAGAAAAACGAGUAAUUUAGCUACAAUGGGUGAAUUAGGUAGAUUCCCUCUGUUUAUCAAUAUAUUUUACCAACAAGUUAAAUACUUAGAUCAUAUAGAAAAUGAAGGAACGAGUUCAUUACUAAUUAAUGCAUAUGCAGAUAGUAUUGAACUAUCAAAAGUUCAUAAUCAACCAUCAUGGUACUAUGACAUUGAUAGAAUAAUGGCAUAUGUUCAACCACAAGAUAAAAUUUCCAUGAAUAGCAAACCGCUUGAUAUUAAGAAAAUCCUUGAAAAGAGAUAUAUAAAAUAUUGGGAGAAAACUGUCAAUGAUAAUAAAGGGAAAUUUGAAUUU